AUGGGGGACGUUCUCGACCAGCCUGACCUCUCCAACAAGAAGCACGAUAUUGCCGGGGAACCAUUGAGCGCAAAGCCGGCUGUUGCACCUUUCUCGGCAGAUGAGAAGGCUGCCGCACUCGAUGGAUCAUCGCAUACGCCUUCGGUAGCAGCCGAGGAUGAUGGUUUCGGCGGUGACUUUCCCACCGCCGAGGAGAAGAAGACCCUCCGACGAGUCGGCGACCCAGUUCCCAAAGCAGCGUUCCUGGUCGCUGUCGUCGAACUUUGCGAGCGCUUCACCUACUAUGGCGCCUCUGGUCUUUUCCAGAACUACAUCCAACGGCCGCUCGAUGGAAGUGAAGGACCUGGUGCCCUUGGUAUGGGCCACCAGGGUGCGACUGGUCUCUCUACCUUCUUCCAGUUCUGGUGCUACGUGACGCCCAUCUUUGGUGCUAUCAUCGCCGACCAGUAUCUCGGAAAGUACAACACCAUCCUCAUCUUCUGCUUCGUCUACAUUGCCGGUCUCCUCAUCCUGGUCACGACUUCGAUCCCCAGCGCGCUGUCUGCUGGCGCCGGCUUAGGAGGCUUCGUUACCGCCAUCGUCAUCAUCGGUCUCGGUACCGGUGGCAUCAAGUCGAACGUCGCACCGCUCAUCGCCGACCAAUACAAACGCCGUCAGAUGAAGGUCACAACCGACAAGAAGACAGGCGAGCGCAUCAUCAUCGACCCCGCCAUCACCAUCACGCGCAUCUACAUGAUCUUCUACUUCUGCAUUAACCUGGGCUCGCUCUCGCUCAUCGCAACGCCCUACAUGGAGCGCGAUGUCGGCUUCUGGUCAGCGUUCUUGCUCUGCUUGUGCAUGUUCCUUGUCGGAACGUUGACGCUUGUCCUGGGACGAAAGGUCUACGUCGUGCGCCCGCCUCAGGGCUCCGUUGUCACGGACUGCUUCCGCGUCAUCUGGAUGAUGAUCAAGGGCCGCAACAUGAACGCCGCGAAGCCGACAUACCAGGCCGGUCUGGGCAACGACUCUGUAGCCACCAAGAUAAAGUGGGACGACCACUUCGUCGAAGAAGUCAAGCGCGCCCUGACCGCCUGCAAAGUCUUCUGCUUCUACCCAGUCUACUGGGUCGUAUACGGGCAAUUCUCCAACAACUUCGUCUCGCAAGCCGGGCAGAUGGCCUCGCACGGCAUCCCCAACGACCUCAUGCAGAACUUCGACCCCAUCGCCAUCAUCGUCUUCCUCCCCAUCAUGGAACGCCUCGUCAUGCCCGCGCUGCGCCGCGCGAAAAUCCGCUUCCCGCCUAUCAACCGCAUCGUCGCCGGCUUCUGGGUCGCCUCCAUGGCAAUGGUGUACGCCGCCGUCCUCCAACACUACAUCUACCAAGCCGGGCCCUGCUACUCCGCGCCCCUCUGCGACGCUUCAAAGGACGCCUCGGGCCAAACCACCGGCAACAACAUCCACAUCGCCGCCCAAACAGGCGCCUACAUGCUCAUCGGCAUCUCCGAGAUCUUCGCCUCGGUAACCGGCUACGAAUACGCCUACACCAAGGCGCCCCCCUCCAUGAAGUCCUUCGUGCAAUCCAUGUUCCUGCUCACCAACGCCUUUGGGUCCGCUAUUUCCGAAGCGUUAAAUCCUGUGCUGUACGACCCUGCGAUCCAGUGGAUGUACGUUGGCAUCGCGGUCGCGAGUUUUGUCGCCGGGUGUUUGAUUUGGAUUCUUUUCCACCAUUUGAAUGACAGUGAGGAGGAGAUGAAUGCUAUGGAUCAGGAUUACGAUGAGGAUGCUACGUUGAGGAGGAGUAGUGUGCAUGAGGAGAGGACGGUGGGGUUGCAUCAUGAUCAUGAGAAGAAUUAA